AUUUUAGUUUUACUUUUUAUACAGCUACUUUUAGUUCAGGUCUUGCAAACUGAGCUGUUUUUGUAUUCUGGAACAGCUGCAUUUGAAAGCUUUUGUUCACUAUAUAUUUACACUUCAAAUGAAGGUCACUCUAAAUUCAAGAUGGCGGAAGUACCUUAAGAUCUCAAAGUCUAGAAACACUAGUAGGCAGUUAUCAACUUAAAAGGUAUUUUGCUAAAUAACAGCAGUGUGUAAGUAACAUCAUAGUUGCCUUGAAUCAUUAUCAGCCAUUUUAGCUAAAUUGACUGCCAUAUCUUUUUCCAUACAAGUCUGAUUAAAAAAAAAUCUUUCAGCUUUAUGAAAGACUUAAGGAUGACUUUCUUGUAAAACAAGAUUAUAACUGUCAGUCUGUUUAAUACUAAUUGAUUUCUAUAAAAUAUCAAUUGAUAUAUCUAUAUUAACCACAUAUUGCAACAAUGUACAGGUCCAUGUAGUGAAGUGAGGAAGUGUUACACUAUGCCACAGGGCAGCCCUGGAAACAUGAUGGUCAAACGAGGUGUUCCAUCAUCAGUCAACUACUACAUGAUGUUUCAUUCACAUACCACCAUGAUGUGUGGUGCCAUGAAAGAGCAGAUGACUUGUAUGUUGAAGGCGUUGGAGAAUUGUCCAGCUUCAGUUGUCAAUCAGGUUGAGAUGGAGUUUGAAAAGGCUAUGAACAUGAGCAUGCCGGACACCUAUGGUGUGGUCUCCUUCAAGGAUACCAAACGCUUUGUCCAGAACACAUGCCCCAAACUGCCUAAAGGUUUUGCAGAAGACACAUGUUCUAUGGGUGUGUAUAAUUCACAGAACUUCACGAUGUGUAAUGAGAAUGCCACUAUGAAAUAUUCCAAGAAAAAGAGUUGCGAGGUACAUGCCUUGAGUAAGCAGUGCAUUGCUGAAAACGUGCAGCCCGAAUGUGGUGAAGAAAUGGCCAUGUUUUUAACACAAAACACACAUAUGAUCUUCCCAGGAAUUCCAGACAACUGCGAGGAAACAGACGUCUCAGGAAGUGACGUAAAGCAAACCUCAUUUGGAUUACUGCUGAUGUCUACCAUUUUUACUCUGUUGUACAUGUAAUUUUUUCCGACAAAAAUCCAUCCUCUAAUAAUCAUAAAUUUUGCCUUAGAAACAAUAUUUCUUUGAAUGCUUGAAAUAAACAGUGUGUCUUAAUUUCUUUCAAAAAGAAAAAAGAAUUAAGUGACAAUGGAAAUUCCACACAAACAAUCAUCGGCUCUGAUUCAGUGCAGAGAACCAAGUUGUUGUGUACAUUUGUAAGUUAAGAUUUUGUUGGGAUGGGUUAGGGGAGAUAGAAAAACAAAAUUUUAAUUUCACACACCUCAAACACUAACAAGUUAGAGUCAGUGCAGGAUUAUUUCGCAUUUAUGUAUUUAAAUGUGCCUUUCGUGUUCCAGUAUGGUUUGUUAAGACCUGAUAAUAUUAUGCUACUAUACAUAAAUACAGAUAUUAUAACUGUAAUCAGCAAAAUGAUCUGAACAGAAAUGUUUUAUUUAUUUUACUAUUCAAGGCAUAAUGUUGCAGUGGCAAGCUCUUUUAAUUUUUUUUUAAAUUUUUUUUUUUUUCACAGAUGUUUUGUUUUCCGUUAAGAUCUUGAAGUAAAUUUAGAUUUUUGAAUUGACAUGGAUAGAGCCAUGUGAUUUAGAGAUAUGAUUUGUACUGGAAUAUUUGAUCACUUUCAGUCUCCUGGAAUCGAUCAGUCUAAAAUGUAGAUGCAUGUAUAUAUUACUAGUAGUUCUUAGUUUCAUUAAGGUAGUUCUGCACGUUUGGAUCGAAAUUUUUUCUACAAUGUAGAAUUUGAUUAAACUCUGAUUUUUCAAAACUUCAGAAUAUACCUAGAAAAUUCAGCAAAUAAAAAUGAUAGGGUCGUGUGCUUGAUUUUUUGCUAGACUGAUUUGAAAAUUUCGGACCUCGCUCAAGUUUUCAUAAUGGGAGUCUAUGGGAAAAUAGCAACUUUCAUAACAUUUUCGCGAAUAGAAAAUUUUCCACAAUGUAGAUUUUAAUGAAACUUCUCACAGUCGUAAAUAAACAUAUGGCCUAUAAUAUAGUGAAAUAAAAUGUAUAGGUCCGUGUGCUUAUUUCUGAGAUAUUUGGCCAUGAUUAAAGUGAACCGCCUAUUUGAAGCAGAUUUUAAGACAUUAUUUUGAAUUAUUUAACGUGUCAGAUGUUUUAAUAUUAUAUUUUAACUUUAGAAAGAUAGAGACUGUUACAAUUUAAUAAAUUUAUUCACAGGUUGCCUUUAUUUCAUACACUGAUUUUCAUUUCCGUACGCCGAAUCCAGGCUUUAUUCUAUGUUUUCCGGAUAAAUGACGUUACGCCAUCACUUCCGGUUUAUCAAACGUGCAGAACUACCUUAAGUGGAAUAGGAGUAGGGCAUUCAUGUUGUAAGUAUCCUUGAUUGAUUAAAAUAUUCUUUAUUCGAUAUUGAAAUUGACAGCAUGUUUUAAUUGUCAUUUAUUAGUGCUUUAAUAUAUCUACAAAUACAAAUACUUAUAUUCAUAUUUAGGAAGGAAUUUGGGUCGCAAAGGGUUGUGCCCUAUUUUUAGCUCGAAUUUUCGAAGAAAAUGUAGAGCUAUUGCACUCGCCCCGGCGUCGGCGUUGGUUAAAGUUUUUGAUAAAGUCAGAUAUCUCUGUUACUAUCAAAGCUAUUGACUUUAAACUUAAAAUAGAUAUUUACUAUCAAAGUCUACACCAGGAGAAACAAUCCCCAUAACUCUUCUUUGAAUUUUGACAGAAUUAUGCCCCUUUUUAACUUAGAAUUUUUGGUUAAAGUUUUUGAUAAAGUCAGAUAUCUCUGUUACUGUCAAAGCUAUUGACUUGAAACUUAAAAUACCUAUUUACCAUCAAAAUCUACACCAGAAGAAACAAUCCCCAUAACUCUGAUUGAAUUUUGACAGAAUUAUGCCCCUUUUUAUGCCCCCGAAGGGAGGCAUAUAGUUUUUGAACCGUCUGUCUGUCAGUCUGUCAGUCUGUCAGUCUGUCGGUCUGUCUGCAAUUUUCGUGUCCGGUCCAUAUCUUUGUCAUCGAUGGAUGGAUUUUCAAAUAACUUGGCAUGAAUGUGUACCACAGUAAGACGACGUGUCGCGCGCAAGACCCAGGUCCGUAGCUCAAAGAUCAAGGUCACACUUAGACAUUAAAGGAUAGUGCAUUGAUGGGCGUGUCCGGUCCAUAUCUUUGUCAUCGAUGGAUGGAUUUUCAAAUAACUUGGCAUGAAUGUGUACCACAGUAAGACGACGUGUCGCGCUUGACCCAGGUCCGUAGCUCAAAGGUCAAGGUCACACUUAGACAUUAAAGGAUAGUGCAUUGAUGGGCGUGUCCGGUCCAUAUCUUUGUCAUCGAUGGAUGGAUUUUCAAAUAACUUGGCAUGAAUGUGUACCACAGUAAGACGACGUGUCGCGCUUGACCCAGGUCUGUAGCUCAAAGGUCAAGGUCACACUUAGACAUUAAAGGAUAGUGCAUUGAUGGGCGUGUCCGGUCCAUAUCUUUGUUAUCGAUGGAUGGAUUUUCAAAUAACUUGGCAUGAAUGUGUACCACAGUAAGACGACGUGUCGCGCGCAAGACCCAGGUCAGUAGCUCAAAGGUCAAGGUCACACUUAGACCUUAAAGGAUAGUGCGUUGAUGGGCUUUUCCGGCCCAUAUCUUUGUCAUCGAUGGAUGGAUUUUCAAAUAACUUGGCAUUUUAAUAACUAUGCAUGAAUGUGUGACACAGUAAGACGACGUGUUGCGCGCAAGACCCAGCUCCGUAGGUCAAAGGUCCUAAACUCUAACAUCAGCCAUAACUAUUCAUUCAAAGAGCCAUCGGGGGCAUGUGUCAUCCUAUGGAGACAGCUCUUGUUAACUUAGAAUUUUUUGUUAAAAGUUUUGAUAAAGUCAAAUAUCUCUGUUACUAUCAAAGCUUUUGACUUGAAACUUAAAAUACUUAUAUACCAUGAAAGUCUACACCAGGAGAAACAAUUCCCAUAACUCUGAUUGAAUUUUGACAGAAUUAUGCCCCUUUUUAACUUAGAAUUUUUUGUUAAAAUUUUUGAUAAAGUCAAAUAUCUCUGUUACUAUUAAAGCUUAUGACUUGAAACUCAAAAUAGUUAUUUACUAUCAAAGUCUACACCAGGAGACACAAUUUCCAUAACUGUGAUUUUAAUUUUGACAGAAUUAUGUCCCUUUUUAACUUGGAAUUUUUUUUACUGGCAAAGCUCUAAUUCAGAGUCAAGCACUGAGAAAAGUCGAGCGCGCUGUCUUACGGACAGCUCUUGUUUAUGAAACUUCACACAUUUAUUCACCGUGAUGAACAAAUUUACACUGCGUAAGUUCCAUAACUCAAUUUUUUUUUUUAGAAAAUUAUGCCCUUUUUCCAACUUAGCAAAUUUUGAUUAGGUUUUUUAUGUGAGCUGGUAUCUCAGUACCAAAAGAUGGGAAGGACUGAAACUUUACACAGUUGUUCAAUGUGAUGAUCUGACAUGCAGUGUUCAGGUUCCAUAACUCAUGCUUACAAAAUUAUUCCUCUUUAUCAGCAUACAUUCAUUCAUUAAGUUAACAAGGCAGUUCAAGUGACAAGGUUUUUGAAUAAUUGAGCAUUGUUGUCCUCCGAUAGCUUUUUAAUUUCAAAAACGUGUGUGAAAUGGGGCUCUCAGGUGUACUAUUUUGAAAAAUUUGCCUGAGAAGCUAAUUUUGGGAGUCAGUUAUCAAAAAUCUUGAUUUAAACUUAUAUUGUUACAAAUUGUAGUCAAACAUACAUGGUUUUAGCAAAAUAUUCUGUUUUUAAUUGUUUUUGAUAAAUAUGCAAUACUUGCUAAUACCCAGACAGGAUGCAGAUUUAAAGGUUGGGCUUAAAAUAUUGUAGCAGUGCUAGGGUGAAAUUUUAUACAUUCCUUGUAUAACGUGCAAUGUUAACAUACCAGUAGUAAAUAAACAUACACUUUUAUAGCGACCACGGCCCUGGUGGCCGCAACUCAUAUGUCACUGUAUUUGUAUAGUUUACAGAUAGUUUUGUCUAAUACUCUUUUUAGAAUGUUUUCUGUAUAUUUUUGCUUAGAUCUGUACCUUUCCAUAUUUAUGCCCCCUCACAUUUAUGGUGGGGGGCAUAUAGCGUUGCUGCUGACCGUAUGUAUAUCCAUAGUCCAAGUCCUCUCCCACACUAUUAGCCAGAUUUGCUUCAGACUUACACAGAUGAACAAGCUUGAUGUGAAGAUGACCUUAAAAAAAAAUUCUGUGACUGUUUUUAUCACAGUUAUGGCCCUUUGAAAGUUUGUGCUAUAUGGAAUAUAGAGAAAAGUCUUGUUUCCAACUCCUCCCACACUAUUAGCCUGAUUUGCUUCAAACUUUCACAGAUGAACAAACUUGAUGCGCAGAUGACCAUUAAGGAAGGAAUUUUUUCUGUGAAUAUUUUUACUGCAGUUAUGGCCCUUUGAAAGUUUUUGCUAUAUAGAGGAUAGCACAGAAUGUGGGGGCAUCCGUGUUGUAUGGAUACAAUACUAGUUUAUUAUAUGAUGUAUUAUACUUGUACCAUGUAACUAUAUAAGUGUAGUCUUGUAAAACCAAUUUUAAAUAAUGCAGAAAGGCCUCCUGCCUUAAUCUAAAUGAAUACAACUUUGUGAGUCUGUGACAUGUUAAUUCAGAUAUUUUGUGACGAUUGCUGCAGGUUAGGGACUGCUAAAUACAUAAGAUAACUUUUACCAUUUUUGCUCAAUACAUUUUAGUACCAGUUACAACAGAUUGUCACCCUACUUAAAUGAUUGUUAUAUUGGUAAUCAAUCAUCAGUAUCCAGUAUGGCCUAAAAAAUUGUUUGUGCCGGUACUAUGCUAGCAUUAUCUGUGUGGGGCUGACAUUUGGCCUUCCACAAUUUGAACUAUAAGUAAAUGGUGAUUAUUCCAUUGGGCAGAAUCUAUAUGAGGCUGAGGCUGGUCCCACCAGGCAAAAUGGGAUUGUACCAUGAGGCAUUAUCUGUAUAGGGCUUGGGGCUAGUCCCACUAGGCAAAAUGGGAUUGUUCCAUGGGGCAUUAUCAGCAUAGGGCUAGUCCCAACAGGCAAAAUGGGAUUGUUCCAUGGGGCAUUGUCUGUAUAGGGCUGGGGCUAGUCCCACCAGACAAAAUUGGAUUGUUUCAUGGGACAUUAUCUGUAUAGGGCUGAGGCUAGUCCCACCAGGCUGAAUGGGGUUGUUCCAUGUCUGCCUGGAUACUUUGUUGCAGCGGGUAAGAACCAGGAAAAUGACGCAUACAGAUAGUGAUUUAUCACAGUAAGGAAACCCCUGUAAAUAAAAACAGUAGCGUUUACAUCUAUUUGUGACAGGGAUCAUUGUUUAGAUUUAGAUUAUUUAUUCACUGACUUAUAUCAUCUUGCAUAAAAUAUAAACAUACCUACCAUUUUUAGUGUAAGAGUAGAAUAUAGAACUUAUGUAUCAUCAUCGCUAAUUUGUUUUAUAGUAGACUAACUUUCAGAUAUAUUUUAAAAACUUUCAUUAGAAGGCCAGUUGAAGUUGAAGUUCAAGGUACUAGCUGCAAGUCCAACUAUAUGCAAGUUUUGUAAAACGAGAAAGAAGAAACAUUCCAUAUAUUGGUCAUUUCAAAGAAAAUGUUUUACAGUAUGUUCUUUUUUCAUGAAAUGCAUUCAAAGUUUUAACAGUAGCAAUAGCCCAUAUGUUGACAAACUUUGUUUGUUCGGACCAGAAUUAAGUCCAAGUUCAGAAAAUAACUCGCCUAAACCAGUCAAAUAGUAGAGGUUUACGUUUAGUCCUGGACAUUUGCUGUUUAACAUUAGUUUCAGUUGCCUUUAUUUUGUGUUCAGUAUGUUUAUAUUGCCUCAGUUGUGUAAACUGUAUCCUUUCCAAAUAAACAGUCAAAUAUA